ACCACUCGCUGUUGUGCCAGCGUCGCUGGCUGUCGUUAUUUUGACGUAUCGUCUGUGGUCGUGUUGUUUUUGUUGUUGCCGUCACUUGUGCGCGAGAGACGAAAACAAAAGUUUUUGCGUUCGCGUGCGGCCGCUACGAUUUCGAUUCAGUUGGUUUUCCGUUGUCCAAGUUCCGAUAAGAAGCAAGAAAGAACGGAAUUCGCGAGGAGUGCGGAUCCGGGAGAGUAUCGGGAGCUGGAAAAGCUGAAAAUUCAAACGAUCCUUUCCGUUGUGCAAUUCAUCGAAUUGUCGUCUACGUGCGCGGGGAGCGUGGCGGAGCCGCGGGUGUGGAAUGAAGUGAAUGUUUGCCGUUUUUAUCUCGGAAGAAAUCCUGUGACGGGGGCGCAUCUGCAAAUCCUGCGACCAUGAUCAGCGCGAUUAUUUCACGUGUGAUAAUAUUGCUCUUUGGAACGCUGUAUCCAGCGUAUGCAUCAUAUAAGGCUGUUAGAACAAAAAAUGUUAAAGAAUAUGUAAAAUGGAUGAUGUACUGGAUAGUUUAUGCAUUUUUCACAUGUAUAGAAACAUUCACGGAUAUAUUUCUAUCAUGGUUUCCAUUCUACUAUGAAAUUAAAGUACUUAUCGUAAUAUGGCUGUUAUCACCUGCAACAAAAGGUAGCUCAACAUUAUACAGAAAAUUUGUUCAUCCGAUGCUAACCCGUCGCGAGCCGGAAAUCGAUGAAUAUAUUAAUCAAGCCAAAGAAAAAGGUUACACGGCUGUUCUGCAGCUGGGAUCGAAAGGUGUUAAUUAUGCAACAAAUGUGAUUAUGCAAACGGCACUAAAGGGCGGUGGAAAUUUGGUGCAAACCAUACGAAGAAGUUAUAGCUUAAGCGAUCUGUCGGAACCAGAUGAUCAGAGAACGCAGGAUGAGAUUGAUGAAGUUGGACGACCACAAAGACUUCUUCGGCCUAGAAGUCAGACAGUGAGAUCCUCCUCGGGCGGGCGAAAUGUUGAUAUGUACUUUUCGGAAGUUGACGUUGGUCCUAAAGCGCCCCAACCUAAUUUCAACUACAUGCGAUCUUCAGACGAUAUAAGCUCAGGGUAUUCAAGUGCAGAGCCUGUUUCAACCGGCCUUAGCCGCACUGCAUCGCUGACAAAUGCAACGCGACCUCGAUUUAAAGCUAAAAGGGCUGAAGUAAGUGGAAACGUAGCUGACGAUGUUUAUUUUGAAAGUGACGAAAAUGAGGCAAUGCCUGAGGUUCGUCGUCCCAGCACUCGUUAUCCUCAUUAUCCCCAAAACCCUGAUUAUUCCCCUUUCAGUAGGUUAGCUACAAAACCACAAAGGCCUAGGUCGGAAAUUAUUUCAGAUUGGAGAAACGAAACUUUUUUUGAGAAUGAAAAAUACUUUCAAGAUUUAGUUCUUGAAAAUUUAGUCAAUAAUAGAGCGCCGGAUAUUCUUGAUAGUGCAGUUACUAAUCUUGCGCAUGAAUCGAUAUUGGAAGAUGAGAAAAAAAUACCUAAAGAGAUUUUAGAAGGAUCAGACAUUGUUUUGCCGAAAGUAAAGGAUGAGAUAACUAAAAGUAUUUCGGCUAAAGCCCAUGCAGGCAAAGCUGUCGAAGAAGGUGCUGUUAGAUCACCUGACGGACCGAAGGCUCAGAAGAUCGAUAAUUCCUAUGUUCCACUUCCGGAAGGCAUGACUAGCAAAUACGAUUUAUUUUGUAAAUGGUUGAAAGAUAAUGAAAAAAGACUUACUAGUCAGACGCAGGCGGAAGAUAAGAUAGAAGGCGAUAUUCCCAUCCAACAACAGCUAGAAGAUGAAUUUAAAGAUACAUUAUCGGGAAGUGAUGAAGAAUAUCUUGAUACUCAGGCUGUAGACCCUUCAACAGAUCAGAACCCGAAAUCAUUAUUAGAGACCGUACUCACUGAGAAGUUGCAUGAACAAUUAAGUCCUCCGGAGGCCGAAAGAAAAGGAUCUAGCAGCUCAAAUUCAGUUGAAGGAGAGGCUUCCCUCCCAUCGAUUCUUGAAGAUUUCAAUGCAUCCCGGAAAGGUUCCGCAUCCGAAGUAAAACGACCAGCAACCCACCAUAAAGGCAAAGCACCGGAGCCUCCUCAGAUUAAUGAUUCUGGCAUUAAUAAUGAAGGUUCAACAUCACUUGAGCCCACAACAAGUUCAAAUGACAAAGAAUCGGUCAAACUUCUGGAUCCGUCUGAUUUGCCCGAAACUGUGAUGAACAUAAAUGCACAAUUACCUUCAAAUGACAGCCAACGAACAUCACGAUCUCCGUCACCACGUCCCGAUUCAAAAUCGAAAUCUGGGAGAAUGAAUUUAUUUAAAAAUUACCUUCCCUCCUUAUUCCGAUCCGAAUCCCCGAAACCGAAUUCUAGUGAUAAUGAUAAGGAAGACCAUCAUAAAGAGACACAGAUUUAGAAAAGUCACACUUUUAUCUCCUGGAAGAACCUCACGGCAUGCAUUUUACAAUUAUAGUUUAAUUUAUUGCCUAUCUCAUGAACAAAUGCACAUCUUUAUUGUUUGAAAACUCAAUGUAUGUGGGUAGAAAGUAAUGAAGCGUAAAGUACGGUAGAACCAUCGACUC